CCCAGUUCGCUCUAUUCCCCAACCACCAUCCUGAAAUACCAGCGAGGGAACUGCUUUGACUUCAGCGUGCUGCUGUGCUCCAUGCUGAUUGGGGCCGGGUAUGAUGCCUACUGCGUGCACGGGUAUGCCACCCGCGAGAUAUGCACACUGGACGAGACUCUGGAGCUGUGCCCACUGCUCAGGAAGCCACAGGAGGUACCAAAAGAGGAGAUGAAGAAGUCAUCCAACAAGUAUAGACUUAAGCCCCCACCAGAACUGCAGAGCAAGUUUGAGCCAAAGAAGGCAGAAACUGAAGCUGCUCAGAAGAACAAGGAAAGAGAAGAGGAGGUCACGGAACUGGAAAAGCCCAAGCGUGACCCUUUGUAUGGCUUACGGGUGCAUGCAUGGGUUUUGGUUCUGUCUGGGAAGAGGGAGGUUCCCGAGACCUUCUUCAUCAACCCCUUCACGGGAAACAGCCACAGCACCAAGGAUGAGCACUUCCUUGGGAUCGAGAGUGUCUGGAACCACAGGAACUACUGGGUGAACAUGCAGGACUGCUGGAACGGCUGCAAGGAUCUCAUCUUUGACUUGGGUGACGCUAUCCGCUGGGAAAUUAUGCUUUCAGGGAGCAACAAGCCUUUUCAGCUGCUCCCAGAUGCUGAGGAGGAAAAGGAGUUAUCUGACAGGGACGUGGAUGAUGUGUUUCAGCGGAAAAAGGAGGAGGAAGACAUGAGUUUUGACAUGCCACCAUCGUGGGUAGCCCCAAUUCAGAUAUCUCCCAGAGAGUUUGGAACCCGCUGUUCCCAGGGGAGGAAGGUGAUCCUGUACAAGAAAGCAAAACUGGAGAAAUGGGCACCGUACCUGAAUGGAAAUGGGCUGGUGAAACGCCUCACCAUCUACGCAGACUUAGACU